AUCAAAGCGAUAGAGGUGUUCCGAACGCGUGUACCUGUACACAGGUAACUGGCACAGGUAAACAAUAAGUACACACAGGUGGACAUACGUAAAUGAUUUCAAAAUUUGGACGACUACUUUAUGUUCGUUGGUGGGGUUAAGCGUUUCGAGACCAAAUCGGUGAUAGAACACAGGGAAGAGAUUUUGUUGGAGUUUUCCUGUUUGAAUUGAUUGAUUGGAAAUCAAUUGUCAACAGUUGUUACGGGACGAAAAAUAGUUCCUUCAGAGGUAUUAUAGCGAUAAUCUUCCGGUAGCAUUUCCCGGGUUGGAUUAACACUAUUUUCCGGUACAAGGAUGUCGGCCGUGGUGGAGUGAGCGGUGUAUCCCCCCUGCUAUGGGAGUCUAUGUUGUUGAAGAUCCGGACGAUGAAGAUGAAACGUCAUCUAGUGUAUGCUGUAUGGGAGGAUGCUUGACCGGCUGUGCAUUUGCAGUACUACUACUCGUUGUCUUACCAGCAGGUGCCUUGAUAACGUUUUAUGCUGGGAACAAAAAUGACUUUGGUGUCCUCUCUGCGGGUAUCUGCAUGAUUGGCAUACCGCUUCUCUCAGUACCCGCUUUCAUCUUUAUAUACCUAAACAGACGACGCAUUCGACGAUUCCGAAAAACGAAAGUUGAUGAACAAGUCAGUCCCUCGGAAGGAAAAGACAAAAAAGAUCGCUAUUGAAUUUAAAUCACAAGCCAUGGGCACCAUCGUCGGAGACUUUGCAGUGCCGUAGUGAGAGGUUGUAAUGGCAAUCAGUAGACAACGAUUUUCGCGCCAAAGGGCUUUCCCUCAACAGUUAUACAAUGUUGUAAGGAUGCGUCAACGAACAGGAAUUAUGUUGAUAUGAUGUUAAAAAGAAUGUAUAUUAUAGCAUUUUUGACUGAAUGCCAUUAUUUCUAGAAAUAACCUGUUUGAAAAUCAUGGUUAAAGGAAUAUUCACUAUCAUAUAUUGAUUAAUGUAUUUCAUGUUGAGAAAAUCCAUGUAGUUUUCUGGUCCACGUAUUCUGAAAAUACCUUCAAUAUUGACUUAACGAUGAUGCAUGCAUCCACUCAGCAAAUGUUAAAACAUCGUUUUUGUUUGUUGGUGUUUGUAUUUCUUUCCAUGAUAAAUAGAAAAAAUAAUUAUCAAAUAUUUAAUUUUGGAUAAUACAAAUACCAGUACACAUAUAGUUACUUUAAGUGACAAAAACGUGAAAUGUAGCAUAAGCUAAUUGUUCAAAACAAUAUCCAUGAUUCAAUUUACAUGUAUUUUUACAUCUUGAGGUACAAAGCAUAUUUGAGGAAGAACUAUUCAAUGUUCUAAUUUAGAGUAUUUUUGGGUGAUUUGUUGAUAUUUAAAUGGUGUUGGUUGGUUGUUGUUAAUGGUUGCGGCACGUGUUCACUGUUGCCAUGACUUCCCAUGUGUACAAUAUGACGAAAUCCAUUUCAGUUGUGCCAAACAAUUCACACUUUUCAUGAUCUCUACAUAUAUGCCGUCUAUAUAUCCUAGUAUAUCUUUUAAUUAUUUUUAUUCGUUGUUGAUGCAUGUACCCCUCCUUUUUAGGUAGGAGUUGCAAUCCUUAGUUCACAAUGUAAUGAGAUGCAAUAAAGACUUGCUUUCAUGUAGCAGAGUCCGCCAUGGUAUCAGUUGACAUAUCAGAGAGAGAGAGAGAGAGAGAGAGAGAGAGAGAGAGAGAGAGUUGUAUGGGUAAGCGAGAGAGAGAGACUAGCUGGUGUAUGUAUAUAUUAUUCAUUAUUUCUAUAUGCUAUGUAAUACUUUAUGAGAUAGCAAUAACCUGUGAUGUGGAUAUUCAUGUAUAUUGUGAUUGUUAACCAAGUAAAGUACUCUAUCUAAAAUUGUAAGUACUGUCUGUCCGGAGUUAGUGUUACUUUUGCAUGAACAAGACAUUCAGCUUGAUUUGAUUGCUUGUUUCUGCAAAGUCGACCACGAUAUAUUGCCGCUCGCUGACAGUCGCUGCAGAAGUAAAUUUCAAUCAUUUCCUGCGGCGAGAGACUAAAAUGUUGAACGCUGAUACUGGAACAUGUAACAGUCACGCUGCAUUCGGACGGACAAUACUAGUAUAUUUUCCUUUUCUAUUAAUGUCUAUACAUUCUGAAAUAUAAUUUACAAAUCAAGCUGCCAUGAAACCUAGAUGUUAUUUAAUGUUUAUUUCUACUCAUGUUAUACUUGUAUUUCUAAUCAUGUCCAUAAUUCAGAAGAUGUGUUGUUGUUGAUCAUGAAUUUAUAAACCACUGUUUUCAACCACUCUACAUUAAUAACUGACAAGUGUUGCCAGAAAUGUCACCAUGACUCUUAAAAGACUUUGUAUACUAUAUUUAGGAAUAUUAACUUGUAAUGUGUUCAAUACUGUACACUUAUUGACCUACGAUUGUUUAGUUGGUAACACUGUAAUUAAAGCAGAAAAAAUAAUGGAAAACAAAGACAAUUAUAUGAAAUAAAAGAAGCUGAAUUCAAA